AUGUGGCGAGCGCUUUUGCUUUGGCCGGCGGUGGUGCUGGCAAACGAGGAGGAGCUUCCUUCGGCCCUGUGGGCCGAUGAGCCCUGCGCCGGGGAGGAGGCCAGAUGUAGCCUGGACCUGCUCCAGCUGAACAGCACGCAGGGAACCAGAGAAAGGAGGGGCGGCGAUUCGGGAGAGCCCACCGCCUGGGGGGAUGCCUCGCACCAGGGGCGCUUCACGGGAGGGACGUGCUCCAUCUUCGGCUGCGACCAGAGCCGGGGGCCGACCCUCUGCCACCACUUCCGCUGCAUCUGCCAGGAGGGCUACUUGGCGAUGGCAGGCAAGUGUGAGCCGGUUUCUGCAGGGCCAGCUACGGCGCUCGGGACUCGCACCGGCGAGAGCUGCAGUUGGCUAGGCUACUGCACGGUCGAGCACAGCGCCUGCAAGUCCGGCUCGUGCUUCUGCGGGCGCGGUUUUGUGGCCAAAGAUGGACAAUGUCAGGAGGAGAAUCCAUGGAAGCAAGCGUUCGGCUAG